AUGCCAAAUUUAGAUUCUAUUUACUUUGCCAAUGCUUUAGUGGCAAUAAAUGAACUUCUCUCUGAACCUAAUACUAUUGAUGAGGCACUCAAUGGUAGUAAUGCCAGGCAUUGGAGAGAAUCUUUAUGUGAAGCAAUAGCGGACUACAUUAAAAACAAAACUUGGGACAUAAGAAGACGUGUGCCACGAGAUGACCGUGAAACUGAUGAUGAAGGAGGAGAAGAAGGUGGCAAAAGACGAAAACGUAAGAAAAAUAGAGAAUCCAAGCAAAAGAAACAGAUAGAAGAUGGCCUUACUGCCAAGCAAAGGAGCAGAAUCAUUUCUAAAGCAACUAUUUCAUCAAGUGAGGAGUCUGACAGUGGAAAAGAAAAGUCUAAAAGAAAAAGGAAAGCAAGGGCUAGUGAUAUUAGUCAAAAUGAUGAAGACAGUGGACCUAAAAAGAGGAAAAUUGCUUCUGAUAGUGGAAGUGAAGAUUCUGCCAGUGGUAAUGCAACAUCUAACAGAGGAAAAGGAGCAAGUGAUGGCAGUCAGAGUGGUGAAGACAGACCAACCAAGAGCAGAAAAAUUGUUUCAGAAAGUGAUGAAGGUAGUGAACCUAAAAAGAGGAGAAUUACAUCCGAUAAUAGUCAAAGUGAAGAAGUUUUAAUUUUGUGGUACUUUCAG